AUGACUAAUAGUAAUAGACUCCCAAGAAUAUCAAAAUUAAAAUUUUGGUCCAAGAAUAAAUCCUCGACGGCAAAUUCUAAUAAAAUUCUGAAAGAGUUUCUUUCCGCAGCAUGUGAUGACGAGAUAGACCGCAUACAAUUGCAGCAUCAUUUGUUCCGAGUUACCUGGGACGGUAAUUACAAGUCCCAUAUAGAGGAAUCUUUACGGUCCGGCUGCGAUGUACUAGAUCUUGGGUGUGGGCCGGGCACCUGGGUCGCUGAAAUGUCAGUAGAUUACCCCAAUUCCAGAAUAAUUGGAAUAGAUAAGGACAAUAUAUUUCCAGAUCAAAAACCCACAAAUGCCCAAUUUAUCAAGUGUGAUUUAUUGGAUAAACUCCCGUUCAAAGACAAUCAUUUUGAGUUUGUUCACUACCGAGGUUUUGUCAUGUGGUUUUCAGAGGCUGAUUGGAAAAAAGGUUUGAAGGAGGCUUUGAGGGUGGUGAAACCUGGUGGCUAUCUAGAGAUUCUAGAAUCCGGCACCAUACCACAAAAUGCAGGCCCCAAAUCUAAUGAACUAUUAGCUGCCCUAAGGAAUUACUUAGAGUCCAUUAACAAAAACCCCUACAUGCUACCGCAUAUCGGUGAUAUAAUGGCAAGCACGAAAGAGUUUUCUCAUAUCUACUGUGAAGUGACAAAAAUACCGAUAGGUCAACAUGGGGGAAUAUUGGGAAAGUUGUCUGAAUAUAUUAACCUUCGCACGUUCCGACUUUUAAGCUCGAGACUGGCGGCUCACUUCUUAAAUGUAACAGAGGACGAAUACGAAGAAAAAUACAUUCUUUCGUACAUGAAAGAACUAAGUGCCUACAAAAUGUUUUUUUAUCAGUAUCGUUUCUAUGGGCGGAAGAAAGAAAAUGAAGAUCAGGAAUUGAUCGUUUAUGAUGCUGAAUUAAGAGAGAUAAAGGAGGAGAAUCAAUGCUGA